AUCCGUUAACAGGGGAGCUCUGUGCAUUUGUUAGAUGUCUUGGCUGCUUGCCCAACUUGGCUCAUUGUAAUUGAGGCAUGAUCGUCGACUCCAGGCAGCCCUCUCCGCCGCCUCGGCUGCCUUGCGCCUGGAUCCAGCCCAGCUCUCAUUGCUGACAUGGAAAGACCCACAGACAGUGACAUGAAGCCCAAGAGGGAUCAGGAGAAGGAUGUGGAGCUGGACAAAAAGAUCGAGGCUCUCCGCAGGAAGAACGAGGCACUGAUGAAGAGGUAUAAGGAGGUUGAGGAGGACAGGAAAAAAGCAGAAGAUGAAGGGAUGUCGUUGCAGAGCAAGAAGGGCAAAGCAGAUGAUCUUACCAUCACAAUCAGCAAGUCCACCAGUGAUAGUCGUGUGGUGGUGACUAAGCCACCUAGCAGUGGGUCACCAUCUGAGAAAGGACAGGAGGAUCCUGGACCUGACAGCGGAGGAGGAAGCCCAGUGCAGGGUGCUGGGCGAGGCCACAGGAAGCAGCUAAUGGUCACCAUGGCUGGAAAAAAGGGUAAGAGGGUGGUGAGGGAGAAGCCAGAGAAGAAACCGGGCUCCGCAGACGUCAAGAGCCCCACAGAUGACGGACAGACGAGGCAUGUGGAGUCAAAUGGGAGGGGGAAGCAGCUGCCUCACAUGACCAAGAGAGACACAGCAGCACAGGAGGAGAUUAAGUCGGAGUGGAAGAACCCAGAGGGGCAUCACAAAACAUCAGACCAAUUCCAAGAGCCAGAGAACCAGCUGGCCAACACAGACCUCAACGUCCCCACGUCGAGGGAGGAGCAGAAGGAGUAUAUGAGGUGGAAGAGAGAGCGCGAGGAGAUCGACAAGGAGAGGGUAGCUCGCCAUAAAAAUGCCAAGGGCCAGUGGAGACGGGCGUGGGACAUGGACAAAUCUGACAAUAUGUUUUUAGACAAAUCCCUCGCUGACAGAGAUUGGGGGCCUUCCAGCAGAGGUGGAAGAAAUGCAAGACGAGGGCAACAGAAGCAAGGGAGUGACUCAAGAGGUCAUGACAAGCGGGGCAAAAACAAAGCAGCUAAAAAUGUGCCUGUGAUGAGCAGCAAAGCAAAAGGCAAAGAUCGUCUGACUGGUAGGGCAAGGAGAUGGCAGCCGAAUGAGGAAGGAGAGAACCCAGAGACUUCUGAUGCAACACUGGAGGAAUUUCUUGAGGAACUCGAUGCCUUAAAUACUGAAGGAGAGGAACCGAAAGAUCAGGACUCAAAAACCAAGCCGUCCUCUGGCACAGAUUCACUGAGUGCCCUUGAGGAAGUGAACGGGUCAGCCAACAGCCUCAGCGAGCCCACCCCCGUUCAAGAGAAGGCUGAAGCCUCUUCUCUCCGGAAUUCAGAGAAGAGAGUACGUUUUUCAGAGGAGCUCAUCCAGAGUCCUCUUGCUAAGCAAAACUUUCAAGAUGCUGCCAGUUCAGACUCUAGAGGCUCCUUAAAUGCUUCCGCAGCAAAAAAGAGCAAGCAGAGGCCACAGCAGCCUCUUGACAGUGCCAAGCGUGAUGAUGGUAGCUGUCAGGUUAAAGGAAGGGGACCUUCUCCUCCUCCUCUUUCCCAGCAGCAGUCGUCUCAAACUGAACACGCUCAAAAGGAAAGCGACCCCUCUACGGCUCCCAGCUCCACCCCUGCUGACAAAGCCGGUGUCUCUGUACACGAGACCUCCGUACAGCCUGUUGAGCCGACUAAGAGCAACGACAUCAGCAACACAAACGCAGAGGAAAUCCUUGGCUCCAGUUUGUCUGUCCUGGGCAAAGAGUCAGGAGAAAACCACCCAACACACUCCACCAGCAGCGACAAGGCGAGGGAGCACGGGAAGAUUGUGUGACAUUUUUGGGAUGUAAAUACUAAAACAACCAAAACACUGCGUUUGGAUGCUUUUCGCGGUCAUGGCUUACAAGAAAAACCACAGUUUCAUUUUACUGCGACAUGUUCCUCCUCUUCAAUCUAAGAUUUGACACAAGAAAUGGGGGGGUUGUGUUUUUUUUUUAAAUUUGUUCACAUCCAAGCACUUUAUGGGUAUAACAAGUCAGUGUACUGACACAUUGUUUGGUAUGUUAGUACGCUGCUUGAAUGCAAUAUCAAUGAAUGUUUACAUUUGUAUGAACAUUUUAAGGUACAUGUCAGGAAGAUAAGGAAUCAGUUUAAUUUAGGUAGCCCUUGACGACAAACUAAGCCACAGUCAAAUGAACUAGUAGCUGAUUCUGCCUUAAAGGUAUUUUGAAUAAACUGCUUUAUUUUUUUUUGCAGAGGUGAAGAGUUUGAAUGUUAUCACUAUAAACUGUCUGAGUUGAUAUAGUUAUGUAAAAAAGGAGUACACCUUCUUUUCAUGUCUAAGGUUUUUAAGUAUCAAGACACAAAAAAGGCCUUAAAGUUCUCAUAAUUUGAUAAAUGAAACCUUAGAUGGAAAAACAAAACAUUAUUUGCUAUAUUCUUUAUUUAACAAAAAGUAGGAAAGAAUGCAGAAACAGUGGGAUGUUUUUUUUAAAUUCACAUACUGGCUAAGAAAAAAGUCACAUUCUUCCCAAACCAUCCUCAGAACUUGAACCUGAUUAAUCCUGACGCUGUCACGUCGGAAUAUGCCUGUGGCAUCAGGGAAGAAAAAAAUGUAUUUAUGGAAGAACUUGGUCAGGUGUUUUAUUGAGGUCAUAAGUAACAUCACUUUUAGGGUAUAUGAACCUCAAUCUGACCAACUGAAGGAGGCCCAUAUCACACGACUACCCCCACAGGUUUGUGUGGGAGGUACUGGGCACGAUGGCUGCACCACUUCAUCUGCUACUCUUCUUUUCCUGAUCCACAAUUACUGGAAAAGAUUCAAACUGAUCUCAUGACACCAUAUGACUUUUCCCCAUUCCUCCAGAUACCAGUUUUUAUUCACUGUGAACUUUAGUCUUUUUCCAUUAGCCUUACAGUUUUAUGAAGGUUACACAGCAUUUAGUCCCAGUAUCUUGAGUUUUCAUCACACAUUACAUGCUGAAAUGAUCUCACGCAAAUUACUGGCUCUGCUGAUUUUCUUUGAUUACAGUUUUGCAACAGUUAAAACCUCCAUUUGACCCAAUGUUCUUUUUGUUUUGUGUAAAAAUGUAGAAAUACAGAUUCAGACAAACAACAUAUAACUUUUUGCACUGUGCCAUUAUUUUUUCAACACGAAUGAAAUAAAGAAUAGGAGGCUGAUACUAACGGCUUUCGUAUGACUUAAGAGGGUACGUUGCAGCGAGAUGCUGGUAUUAAUCAGGACCUGAGGAACUGAUCAUCAGAAAGUGUAAAGUGUGAAGACUUAUAAAAGCAGAUGUUUUAGGAGGUUGCUUGUUUGGAGCGUUCAAGUGUGUUAACAGAAUGUCAAGAAUGAAAGACAUAAGGAAUGGUCUUUGAGAGGCAAUUGUUGCUGCACAGUAAUUAGUGAAGGGUUAAAAAAGUGGCCAGCCUUCCCAGAAGUUUACUCCAAGGUCAGUCAAAGUUGUUUGGAAGGGGUUCCUAAGAGGAUGAAGCCUUGUCUCUUGAAAACAAACAAACCGAAACAUGACAGAUGACUGCAAAUCUGCAUCUGGACAAACCACAGGACUUCUGGAGCAAAUGUCACUCGGACACCAGAGACCAAAGUGGAGUUGUUGGGAGGGGCGAUGAUUUUGGGUUGUUUGAGUCAUUGAGUCAACAAUGACCUUUCUCUUGUAUACCAGACUGUUGUAGAAGCAAAGGUGAAGCCAUCUGUGGGGACAGUUAAAGCUUGGUCGAAACUGAAUCAUGGAAGAGGACAAUCAUCUAAAACACAACAUCAAAUCUAAAUAAUGAUGGUUGAAAAGUAAAAUAAUCAGUUUUAAGGACAAUUGUAAGACAAUAUGUUCAACAACAAUAUGACAAACCCCUAAAGCCACACAUACUGUACAUGAAGGGACUAUUUGUAGUUAUUGCUACUAAAGGUAGAUCUAGGGAUGCUUAGUAUCCCCCACAUCUUUUUUUCAGUUUUCCUUCAUUAUAUACAUAUAUGUAUAAUGUCACAGUGAAAAAAGCAAUAUGUUGUUCAUCUGAGGUUACUGUGUGUUUGCCUAAUAAGAUCCACAUAAGAUUUCACCAAAUGUUCAUAUAAUCUCUGAUCACAAUCAUUCAAUAUUUAUUUCUGUCCACAUUUCUUCCUUGAAUGUGGUGGUUCACCACUCUCUUUACAAGUUUUAAUAAUGCUGUUUUAUUGGCUUGAUUCAGACCAACAAUUUAACAAUCCUGAAACAGCCUUGUUUCUAUGAUCACAGGAUGUGUCUUCCAACAUGGUCAUUUAAAGCAGCACAAAUAACAUUUUUCCAUGUUAAAAUAUCAGUUUCAGCGUCAUUACAAGGAAUAUGUGUUUACUUUUAGGACGUGUUGCCUAGCUUUCACAGUUUCCCGUCCUGACUAAUGUCUAAAACCAGCCAAAUUGCUAUCCCACUCCGUCAUAUUGUUUUAUGGCACAACAUCACACAUCAGCAACAAUGAAACUAUCUCACAGAGCGAUAGCGGCCACACUUUCACACCUUAUACGAGGACUGACUGAUCUAAAAUAUGUGUCGAAUUAAUGAAUGAGGAAGCAUUGACUGAAUAAGUUAGGGGUACAUAACGUGUUGCUGGCUGAAACAGAUUAAUUACUGCUUAAUCACUAUACCUUUCCAGUGGAGACUCACCUGUUUGCUUGGUUACAUCCAGAUGGUGACUCUUCCUUUAUGGCCAGCAAGUGUAUAACCUAGUUUAUAGUUUUCACAGUUAUAUGCUUUAUUACCCUCUCAUGGUAUAAUUUGUUCAAGCUGCUUUUAGACCUUUAACGAGUCCUGACAUAGAAGGGUGUAAUGACCUCUCUUCUUUUUCUUUUUUUUUUUUUUAAUUGUGGCAUUGGGCCCCAGUGGAACAUACAGACUUGAAUGUUCAUAACACAUCAUCCAGGUUCAUGAGGGUUAAUCUUGAGUUUGGAGUCAAAACACUGGGAUUCAGUUAAAACUCACUCUUUAGUAUUUUCAUUUUUUCUCUGAUAUUAUAAUGACAGACAGCUAAAACCUUUUUAGAAAAAGCUUCUCUUAAAAAGAGAAAUCAGCCAGUCGUUGUGCCUUGCUUUUUGGCCUCUUUAAAUAUUGAAAGUGUACUUUAAUUUUGUGGUAUCUGUAAUAACUAUUUCAUGCACUGCACUGACAAUUGUAUUAUUAUUAUUAUUAUUAUUAUUAUUAUUAUUAUAAACAUAUAUAUAUAUAUAUAUAUAUAUAUAUAUAUAUAUAUAUAUAUAUAUAGUUUUUUUUUUAUGUAGACACGAGAAUGUUAGCUUGCAAAUGGAAAACUGAUGUUUGUCUGUGACUUAUAUGGUUUUCUUUUAAUUUAUUGCCAAUCUGUUGUUUUAUUUUUGGCAUCGUAUGAUAAGAAGCCACUCAAGACCUCUUUCUUCAAACAUGUUUUUUGUCUUUUGUCAAUUCUACAGUAUAUCAAGCAGUUAUGUAACCCGCUGUCGGGAACACUGUGGGCCAGCUCUGUGCUGCGGGGAGCCCGUCGGCUUAAGCUGAGGUUACAUAAAACAACUUACAAAUCAACAGGAAUCUAUUGGAAGCACAUGAAGGAAAAACAAAAUGCAGGUCACAAUGUUAUGAGCUAGUAAAAAAGAAACAAGAGAAGGGGCCUUAGUUUACUGUAUGACCAGUAGUUUGAAAGCAGAUGACCUCUGAGGCCUUUAAAACUUCCUGUGGUGAAAUGAAAUGUAGGACCUACAAUCGUAGAGCAGCUGUUUGUUACACGUCCUUGUUAGACUCUUGUUUGUUCAGACGCCAUCUACAUAAUCACCUUCAUUAAACGACACGUAUGAAAGGUCUCUCUUGCUCCACUUUCAUGUGCAUCUGUCUCCUUAUUUUCACAAGUGCUCAUCAGGAUGGAGUAAUUGUGUGUGCCUGUACGUUUAAAUGCGUGAGGUGUGAUCCCAUCUGUUUGCUGUUUGGAGUGCUCACGCUGUAUUUGAAUCUGUGUGCGACAAAGCUUCAUUUACUUUACAGCAAAUGUGAUGGAGGCAAUACAGAACAUCAAUAAAGU